AUGGGUGAUUCGCACAAUCAUCGUCAAAUGGCUACUGACUUUGCUUCAGAUCGACUUCAGUGGGAGACAAUUAAGGAGAGGGUUAUACGUUCUGGAACGGUGGAAAAGCUAGUUGAAUGUCUGAUUGGUCCAGAUAAUAUCAUGGAUUCAAGGCAUUUCAAUGUGUUUUUUGCAACAUAUAGGGCCUUUACUAACACUACAGCUGUACUCGAUCUGUUGUUGCGUCGCUUUGAACAGCUGGAGGCGAGGAGUAGCGGCGCUAGGAGUAGCUCUGGAAAUGCAACUAUGCAACAAAAGUACUUAUUAAAUGUCUUGGUUUUGCAUACAAAGUUCUGUAUUGUCCUUGCACGUUUUGAGUGCUCAAUUCGUUCGAUUUUGUUGUGUUGGUUGGACAUGUAUCCUGAAGAUUUCUAUCAGCCUACAAAUGAUUUUAAUUUACUAUCUCGCCUUCUUGAUUUUUCGCGGCUACACAAGUUGUCCGACAUUAAAGUCAAAGUGCAGAACUUGAGAGAGGUUUACAGGAGAGUUGCCGCUCAAGGCGGUUUGGCAGCUCAGUUACCUUCCAUAAGUCAACAGAUUUUCACGCAUGGUUAUGAUGCGGCAAGUUUUAUGCAUCAACGGACAAUGAUGUUUGAUGUGGGAAAAGAGAACUGUGUUCAAAUAGCAGAGCAGCUGACUUACUGGGAUGCUGAGCUCUUUAAAGAGUUGUUGCCUCAGCAGUGUCAAGGUUGCGUUUGGUCCCGAAGACAUAAAAAAGGUCCUGAAACUGUGUAUAGUGUUCGAGCUACUAUCGAUCAGUUUAACGCUGUUGCUCAGAGAGUAAUGACUAGUAUUGUCCUUCCUGACUGUCGACCCGAGUUCCGUGCAAAAAUAAUUGCAAAGUGGAUUGAUAUUGCAAGAGAGUUACGGGCUUUAAAAAAUUUUUCUUCUUUGAAAGCGGUGCUAUCAAGUUUGCAGUCAGAGCCAGUUCAUAGGUUAAAAGGUGUUUGGAGCCUUGUUUCAAGCCGUUCAGUCUCUCAGUUCCGUGAGCUUACAUCAAUUUUUGAUCCGGAUGAUGACGGUGAGGAAAGUCGAGUUCGACAAAUUUUAGACGAGGAGGGGACCGCAAAGAGUUCACCCUUAAGGCGUCCUCAGCUUAUACAGAACUGCCGAAGAACGAAGAGCGAUGUCAACCUAGCAGAAUCACAAGGGACUGUACCUUACCUUGGCAGUUUUCUAACGGAUUUAUCAAUGAUUGAUCAGGCAAAUCCUGAUCUUACAGAAGAUGGCCUUAUAAAUUUUGAAAAGAGGAGGAAAGAGUUUGAUAUCAUUGCAAAAAUCCGACUUUUCCAAUCGGCUUCUCGUGCGUACAAUAUACCUAUGGACGUUGCUUUUUGUUCCUGGUUCCAUUUUCUUCCAGCGUUGGACGAAAAUCAGUGUUUCCAACGGUCGCUCGUGAUAGAACCUGCUGCUAAUGCAGUUGACCCAGUCAAAUCGAGUAAACCAAUCCCAAAUCCACCGCCAAAAGUAAAUGCGACCCUUUCGCGAAUUUUUCCUGGAGUCAAUUAUGACGAUGCUGCCAAUGCGAGCUCUUCCGGUGGACAGCUAUCAAACGAUUCUGGUAUAGUGACGGAGGAUUCAUGGAUUUCAGACGGCGGGCGGCUCUUGGCUGAGAAAUCCUUACUAGCUGGCCUAAGUCCUUUUGGUAUUCAUGCUUCUCGAUCAUUUACUGCUCCUUCAACUCCUGCUAGUACUAUAUCUUGGAAAGGUGGUCGAACUCCAUAUUGUCAUUCGGGUAGUGAGUUUAAUCCUGGCGCAGUUUUCGUGCAUCAGCGUUCACCUAGCGGUUCCUCUAGCAAACAACAGCGUGAUUCCUUAUCUCAUAGUUCUGCAGCUACUAACGACUGCUCGAAUGAAGUUACGUCGCAUUGUGGUACGCCACUAAGCGAAAGGCGAAUGAAGGAUCGAGAAUCAUUAGAUGGCAGUGUAAAGAGGCAUUGUGCAACAGACAGCCAGAGUUCCAACAGCAGCUCUGCAGCGUCUUGUACUUCAGUACCAUCUUCUGGUAAUACUCAGACACCUGCGUUUACUUUGGCUAGAGUUGCAUUAGAUGACUCUCUGCAGAAUGAAACAGCCACAACAAAUUACAAAUGCGUUAAGAUUGAAAAUGGUGAUCGUAUGAAUGGCUUAAUCGACAAAGUAUUGGAAAAACAUUUGAUCACAGGAGAUCCCUCUGAGUAUUGUUUGGUGCAGUUACUAAGAGACGGUUGUGAAUUUCAAUUGCCAGACAAGUGUAAUCCAUAUUAUGCUGUAGCGCCUGAUCCAACUUCGCCGAUUUUGAGUUUUGUGCUGCGUCGGAAAUGUGAUUCAGAAAACAGACCAUCAACAACAUCGAUUGCCCCUUCUGCAAAAAAAUUGAAUCGUAUGAAGAGGAGCAACCUGCUUAGAUGGAGUAGUGGUUAUUUGUAA